AUGGCGAGGAUGCUAUAUUGGACUUUGCUCAAGCUUCCUACAAGAACAAGUAGCAUGAUGCAUUCUCUUAUAUUAUUUAUAGUGCCGAUCAAGGGCGAUAAUAAGGUUUAUUUAUCUCAUUUUCUAAAUUUAUUAUACUGGGGACAAAAGGGGGGAAAUACUAUUAAAGACAAUGAUCUAUCCACGUGCUGUGUACCAGAAACUGGUAAUAAUCUUCUAGUAUUAGCUUUUCUCUAUGAGUAUGGCAAUGGGAAUACGAUUCCAUCGGGUACAAGUGGUCAGUUGUGCUUAAUACUACUAAGUAGCGAGUCUUUUCAGUGCAAGAAUCUGGUCACAGUACUUCUCUCGCUUGGUUGGGUAACAGGAGCAUAUUCUCUCUUAUUACAGCAGGAGGCUGUAAUGAUUGGCCAGCACCUUUGGGACGCAUAUGGAGAUACGAAAACUGAUGUUGUACAUCGACCCUUUGGAACAACUUUCGUCAAUGGCUGGGGGUUCGAUAUCGAGACAUCUGGCGGUAUUUGUUACCAAUGUCUCAUCAAUAAUCUUCAAAUCGAUUAUGUUUGGGCACAGUUUUACAACAAUCCUAGCUGCUCGGUUAAUGGUGUCAUCAAUUUUGGGUCCUGGGUGACCGCUGGAACUGUAUCUUCCAACGCUAAAAUAUUGAUCGGUUUACCAGCCUCUCCUUAUGCAGCCACGGGAACAUACGACGGAGCUCAGUAUUAUCUUCAGCCGAGUGCACUGGCGGUCUUACUCCGCGAAGCUGCUAGUUACCCUCAGUUAGAUUUUAACAUAAAUCACGGCUGUAACUAUGCUCAGCAAGACUGCAAAAUUUUCGACACGGGAUCACCAUGCUAG